AUCUUGUUUAGAACGUUGUGGCCAUAGUAGUGUGUUUUUGAAAACGUUAUUAUACGUUUUUUUUUAGAUAUUUUGUCGUCUAUAGAGUACUUAAACUUAUUACAAAUUUCAUGUAACAUGUGAUGGCAUGAACAUUUUUUAUUAUAUUUUAUUUUAAACUUAUUUCAAUUAAAUUAUUUUUCUUUAUAAUAUAAAUCAUGGCUGACGCAGCGGCUCGUCAGCUUCAGUACGAAUAUAAAGCGAAUUCUAAUUUAGUUUUACAAGCUGAUGUACGCCUUAUUGAUAGACGUAAUAGAGAUGAAGCUACCGGAGAGGUAUGUUCACUUGUUGGAAAAUUGGAUGGUACCAAGAUGGGCGAUAGAUUUCAAAGAACUAAACCAGUUAAAGCUGAAGAAAGAAAGGCCAAGAGACAAAAACGUGAUGAAGCACAAUAUGACUUUGCUCGGAUGAAAGGUACUACUCUUUUAUCAGAUGGAGUUGAUGAUAUGGUUGGAAUAAUGUAUAGACCUAAGACUCAGGAAACAAGACAAACUUAUGAAGUUCUUCUAAGUUUUAUUCAAGAAGCUCUUGGAGAUCAGCCUCGAGACAUACUUUGUGGAGCGGCUGAUGAAGUUUUAGCAGUACUAAAAAAUGACCGUUUAAAAGACAAAGAAAAAAAAUUAGAUACUGAAGGUUUACUCGGAUCAUUGGCCGAUGAAAGAUUUGCUCUUUUAGUAAAUCUUGGGAAAAAAAUUACUGAUUUUGGAACUGAUGAAAAAGGAGGUGUUAAUACUGAAGACAAUAUUGAUGAAACAUAUGGAAUAAAUGUUCAAUUUGAAGAAAGUGAAGAAGAGGACGAUGAAGAUGUGUAUGGAGAAAUAAGAGAAGGGGAUGAUCAUGAAGAUGAAGGCGAAGAGUCAAAAUUGGAUGCUACAAUUCAUGCAGAAAAUUUGGAUAAACGUACAGUUAAGAAACCUGUUGAACAAAUUAAAAAAGAGAAAAGUUUACAUGCUUUGGAUAUAGAUGCUUACUGGCUGCAAAGAAGUUUGUCUAAAUACUACAGUGAUGCUAUGGCCUCUCAAGCUAAAGCAGCUGAAGUUUUAGCUGUUCUUAAGAAUGCUGGUGAUGACCGUGAUUGUGAAAAUCAAUUAGUUCUUUUACUAGGUUAUGAAUGUUUUGAUUUUAUCAAAAUAUUGAAAAAAAAUCGGUUAAUGAUUUUAUUUUGUACUCUUUUGGCGUCCUCUCAAAGUGAAUCUGAAAGACAAUCAUUACGUAAAAAAAUGGAAUCUGAUCCAUUCCUUUCACGUAUAUUACGUCAAAUGGAUACUAAAGAGGUCGAUGAUGUUAAGGAUAGUAAUGUUGGCAUAGACAAUAAAAAAAGAAAGAUUGUUAAUGAGGAAGAUGAUAAUGUAAAUAUUAGUGAUUGCAGAAAACAAGUAGCAGGAAAUAGAAAAGUUCUAGAUUUAGAUGAUUUAGUAUUUUCACAAGGAUCUCAUUUUAUGUCUAAUAAAAGAUGUCAACUUCCAGAUGGAUCAUUUAGAAAACAGCGUAAAGGAUAUGAAGAAGUACAUGUUCCAGCAUUGAAGCCAAAACCCUUUAAUGAUAAUGAAAUUUUAGUAGCAAUAGAAAAGCUACCUAAAUAUGUUCAACCUGCUUUUGAAGAUUUUAAAACCCUCAAUAGAAUUCAAUCGAGGUUGUAUAAUAGUACACUAGAUUCUGAUGAAAAUUUAUUGAUUUGUGCUCCUACAGGUGCUGGAAAAACAAAUGUUGCAUUAUUGUGUAUGCUUAGAGAAAUUGGAAAACAUAUAAAUAGUGAUGGGACUAUAAAUGCAGACGAGUUUAAAAUAAUUUAUAUUGCUCCAAUGAGAUCUCUUGUACAAGAAAUGGUUGGAAGUUUUGGAAAGAGACUGAGUAGCUACAACUUAACUGUUUCUGAAUUGACUGGAGAUCAUCAAUUAACUCGUGAGCAAAUACAGGCAACACAAAUUAUUGUAUGUACUCCAGAAAAAUGGGAUAUUAUAACAAGAAAAGGAGGAGAAAAAACAUUUGUAUCACUAGUUAGACUUAUUAUUAUUGAUGAAAUUCAUUUGUUACAUGAUGAACGUGGACCUGUACUUGAAGCUUUAGUUGCUAGAACAAUUAGAAAUAUUGAAACGAUUCAAGAAGAUGUAAGGUUGGUUGGUUUAAGUGCAACAUUACCUAAUUAUCAGGAUGUAGCUACUCUUCUUAGAGUUAAGUCUGAUACUGGUCUUUUUUACUUUGACAACUCUUUUAGACCAGUUCCAUUGGAACAACAAUAUAUUGGUAUAACUGAGAAAAAAGCUGUCAAACGAUUUCAAGUAAUGAAUGAAAUUGUUUAUGAAAAAAUAAUGGAACAUGCAGGGCGCAAUCAAAUUUUAGUUUUUGUGCACUCAAGAAAGGAAACAGGCAAGACUGCUAGAGCUAUAAGAGAUAUGUGUUUAGAAAAAGAUACACUUGGCAAUUUUCUACGCGAAGGUUCUGCUUCAAUGGAAGUAUUACGUACAGAAGCUGAACAAGUUAAAAAUAGUGAAUUGAGGGACUUAUUGCCUUAUGGAUUUGCCAUUCAUCAUGCAGGAAUGACUCGAGUUGACAGAACACUAGUUGAAGACCUUUUUGCUGAUCGUCACAUUCAAGUUCUUAUUUCUACUGCAACAUUAGCUUGGGGUGUAAAUUUACCAGCACACACUGUCAUUAUAAAAGGAACUCAAGUUUAUAGUCCUGAAAAAGGACGUUGGGUUGAACUUGGUGCAUUAGAUGUUCUACAAAUGUUAGGUCGUGCAGGACGUCCACAAUAUGAUACUAAAGGAGAAGGUAUACUAAUUACUAAUCAUAGUGAAUUGCAAUACUAUUUGUCACUUUUAAAUCAACAAUUACCUAUAGAAUCACAACUAGUUUCUAAAUUGCCAGAUAUGUUAAAUGCUGAAAUUGUACUUGGCACAAUACAAAGCGUAAAAGAAGCUGUUACUUGGUUAGGGUAUACAUAUUUGUAUAUACGAAUGUUACGUGCUCCAUCUUUGUAUGCAAUAACUCAAGAAAAAUUAGAAAUUGAUCCAUUAUUAGAAGGAUAUAGGGCAGAUAUUAUUCAUACUGCUGCAAUACAUUUAGAAAGAAGCAAUUUAAUAAAAUAUGAUAGGAAGACAGGAUAUUUUCAGGUUACUGAACUUGGGCGAAUUGCUAGUCAUUAUUACUGUACUCAUGACACGAUGGCUACAUAUAAUCAACUAUUAAAACCAACAUUAAGUGAAAUUGAAUUGUUUAGAGUAUUUUCUUUAUCAGGUGAAUUUCGCCACAUUGGAGUUAGAGAUGAAGAAAAACUUGAAUUACAAAAAUUAAUGGAACGUGUUCCUAUUCCGAUUAAAGAAGGCAUUGAAGAACCUAGUGCUAAAAUAAAUAUUUUACUUCAAGCAUAUAUAUCUCAAUUAAAACUUGAAGGUUUUGCAUUGAUGUCUGACAUGGUGUUUGUUACUCAAUCAGCUGCACGAUUAAUGCGUGCUAUUUUUGAAAUUGUUUUGCAUCGUGGAUGGGCUCAACUAGCAGAUAAAGCUCUGAGUCUUUGUAAAAUGAUUGAUAGAAGAAUGUGGCAAAGUAUGUCACCUUUGAGACAGUUUAGAAAAAUGCCUGAAGAAAUUGUUAGAAAAAUUGAAAAGAAAAAUUUUCCUUGGGAACGUUUGUAUGAUCUUGGGCCAAGUGAAAUAGGUGAAUUGAUUCGUGUUCCUAAACUUGGAAAAACUAUUCAUAGAUAUGUUCAUCAAUUUCCAAAACUUGAAUUAGCAACACAUAUACAACCAGUUACUCGGUCUACAUUGAGAGUUGAAUUAACCAUAACUCCUGAUUUUCAAUGGGAUGAAAAAUUGCAUGGUAAUUCUGAAGCUUUUUGGGUGUUAGUUGAAGAUGUUGAUUCAGAAGUUAUUUUACACCAUGAGUUUUUCUUGCUGAAAUCAAAAUAUGCUACUGAUGAACAUUUACUUAAAUUUUUUGUCCCUGUUUUUGAACCUUUACCUCCACAAUACUUUUUGAGGAUUGUUUCCGAUCGUUGGAUUGGUUCAGAAACUCAAUUACCAGUAUCUUUUAGACAUUUGUUAUUGCCAGAAAAAAAUGUCCCUCCUACUGAGCUUUUAGAUUUGCAACCACUUCCAGUGUCCGCAUUGCGCAAUAAAGUAUUUGAAGAACUUUACGCUGAGAGAUUUCAUCAAUUUAAUCCAAUUCAAACUCAAGUAUUUAAUGCUGUAUAUAACAGUGAUGAAAAUGUGUUCAUUGGUGCACCAACUGGAUCAGGAAAAACUGCGAUUGCAGAAUUUGCACUUUAUCGUCUUUUAAGCCAGAAUCCUGAAAGUAGAUGUGUAUACUUAGUUGCCAAAGAGUCUCAGGCUGAACUGAUUUAUUCUAGCUGGCAUGUUAUAUUUGGUAUUGGCCUUGCAAGGAAAGUUGUAUUACUGACAGGAGAAAUUGGUACAGACUUAAAGCUGCUAGCUAAAGGUCAAAUUAUUGUGACAACAGCAGAAAAGUGGGAUGUACUAUCUCGAAGAUGGAAACAAAGAAAAAACGUUCAGAAUAUAAGUCUUUUUAUUGUGGACGAACUUCAAUUAAUUGGUGGUGAAGAUGGUCCAGUUUUAGAAGUUGUGUGUUCUAGAAUGCGGUACAUUGCCUCACAAACAGAAAAGCAAAUGAGGGUAGUUGCUCUUUCAGCACCACUUACUGAUGCCAGGGAUGUGGCUUUAUGGUUAGGUGCUCCAGCCACAACUACAUUCAACUUCCACCCUAGUGUUAGACCUGUUCCUUUAGAACUUCAUGUGCAAGGAUAUAACAUUACACAUAAUGCUACUAGGUUAGUAGCUAUGGGUAAACCAACUUACAAUGCUAUUUUGAAGUAUAGCAUAGAGAAACCGGUUAUUAUUUUCGUUCCAUCAAGAAAACAAGCUCGACUUACCGCUAUAGAAUUAUUAACCUAUACUGCAGCUGAUAAUCAACCUAAUCGUUUUAUACAUGCUGAAGAAGAUGAUAUAAAACCAUUUGUUGAAAAAAUUACAGAUAAAACUUUAAAAGAAACAUUAUUGCAAGGUGUUGCAUAUUUACAUGAAGGAGUUAGUGUUCAAGAUCAACGUUGGGUUCAACAACUUUUCUUCACUGGAGCGAUUCAAGUUGUAGUUGUUACAAGAAGUUUAUGCUGGGCUUUAAGCAUUACUUCUCAUUUAGUUAUAAUCAUGGAUACUCAAUUCUAUGAUGGAAAAACCCAUACAUAUGAAGAUUAUCCUAUAACUGAUGCCAUUCAAAUGGUAGGUAGAGCUAAUAGACCACUGGAUGAUGAUGAUUCAAAAUGUGUUUUAAUGUGUCAAUCAUCAAAAAAAGAUUUUUUUAAAAAAUUUUUGAAUGAGCCAUUACCUGUUGAAAGUCAUCUAGAUCAUAGACUUCAUGAUCAUUUCAAUGCAGAAAUUGUUACUAAAACUAUUGAAAAUAAACAGGAUGCUGUAGAUUAUAUGACCUGGACAUUUCUAUACAGAAGACUUACCCAGAAUCCAAAUUAUUAUAAUUUACAAGGUGUAUCUCAUAGACAUUUGUCAGACUAUUUGUCAGAGCUAGUUGAAACAACACUUAAUGAUUUAUAUCAGUCGAAGUGCAUUAGUGUUGAAGAUGAAAUAGAUUGUAUACCAUUGAAUUUGGGUAUGAUUGCAGCUUAUUAUUAUAUAAACUACACAACUAUUGAAUUGUUUUCAUUGUCCUUAAAUAAUAAAACUAAAAUUCGCGGCUUAUUAGAAAUUAUUAGUUCUGCUGCUGAAUAUGAAAAAAUUCCUGUUAGGCACCGUGAAGAUACCCUAUUAAAAAGUCUUGCACAACGUUUGCCUAAUAAACUGCAACCCUCAUCUGGACAAACUUCGGUUCGCUAUAAUGAUCCUCAUGUAAAAGUCAAUUUACUUCUUCAAGCUCAUUUAUCACGGUUACAACUUGGUGCUGAACUUCAAGGAGAUACUGAAGUCAUUUUAGCAAAAGCCAUACGUUUAAUUCAAGCUUGUGUUGAUGUGUUAAGUUCUAAUGGUUGGUUAUCACCUGCUGUCGCAGCUAUGGAGUUGGCACAAAUGAUUACUCAAGCAAUGUGGGCAAAAGAUUCAUAUCUUAAACAAUUACCUCAUUUUACUUCAGAUAUAAUUAAGAGAUGUACCGAAAAAGGUAUUGAAACUGUAUUUGACAUAAUGGAAUUAGAAGAUGAAGAUCGCUCUAAAUUAUUGCAACUAAAUGAUAAUGAAAUGGCUGAGGUCGCCAAGUUUUGUAAUCGUUAUCCUAAUAUUGAAUUAAGUUAUGAAGUUUCUAACAAAAACCGUGUAACUGCUGGAUCCAGUGUAAAUAUUACAGUUAAUUUAGAAAGAGAGGACGAAGUUGUUGGACCUGUUAUUGCCCCAUUUUUCCCUCAAAAACGUGAAGAAGGUUGGUGGUUAGUUAUUGGUGACCCAAAAACAAAUUCUUUGUUAUCUAUUAAAAGAUUAACAUUACAACAAAAAGCAAAAGUGAAAUUAGAUUUUGUUGCACCAAAUCCUGGUAACUAUUCAUAUACAUUAUAUUUUAUGAGUGAUGCAUACAUGGGUUGUGAUCAAGAAUACAAAAUGAACAUUGAAGUUGGUGAUUAUGAAUCUGCUGGAAGUGAAUCCGAAUAAUAAUAUAAUUUAAAAAUACAUCUCAAGCAACUUAACAAUAUUCUUUUUGUUAAAAAAUUGGUUUUAUUUGUAUUUUAAUAAGAACAACUUGCAAUUAUACUAAAAAUGUUUUAUACCUAGAUGUA